AUGACAGUCAGAGUGAUUCAGAGGAGGCUAUUGGGCUAUGACCCAGCAGUUAGACAUGUAUUAGCUAAAGCAGAGAAAAGAGGAGAAAAAACACUGAGGAAAAAAGAGCCAGUAAAAGACGCCUCUAAGGAGAGUGAAGAUGAGGAUAGGGAUGAAGAAUCAGAGAGUGAAGAGUCCUCAUAUUCUCUUUGGUCAACACCAAGGACUGAAGCUGAGGAAAAGCACAGAGCCUUGAGAAGGAUUGAGAAAUGCAUGGAUAAAUGCUGUGUCGACCUGAGGGAUGCUACCAGUCCAGAAAGACAAAGAGAAUUGAGGGAAGAAUUCAAGGAGCUGCAAAUAGCAAAGAAAGACUUGAGGAAGAAAGGGGUAGAAAAGCCAUCUACUUCAGAUUAUUCCUUACGCCCAAGAAACGGGGAUAAUCCAGCUGAAAAAAUGUGUCCAGUUGUUGUUCGAGGACAGAAUUUGGAGUAUGAGCCUUUGCAAAAUACAGACAUGUCAGAUAUCCUUGAAAAGUUACCUGCUCUUCAGGAGGGACCUCAUCCUUGGAUUUUGAAGUUGGAAGAAAUUAUGGUGGGAUGGCAGCCUGCCAUGGGAGAUAUCAAGAGACUCUUAGCCAGCAUUUUCGGAGUCCCAGCUAUGGAAGAGAUCUUGCAGAGAGCAGGACUUAACCGGUAUGCAGGGACUGCUGUAAAUGAUCCAGAAUUGUUUGCUGCUAGUAGAGCUCGGAUGUGGAGAUCACUGAGAGAUACAUUUCCAACAAAUGUACAUCUGGAUAACAUUAUAAUUGAACCACUAGGACCACAGGAGAAUCCAAGAGCAAAUGUAUCAAAGGCUCAUCAGGUUUGGAGAAAUGUAACAGGAAAUGAUCCAGACCUGCACCAAAUGGAGCAGUCUAUUUUACGAGCCAAAAUACAAACAGGGUUGCCCCAGCCAGUGAGAAGUAAAUUAGCAGAGGUGGUUGGUCUUGGUAGUAUGACAAAAGGGGUAUACACAGACCAUAUAGCACAUGAAGUGGAGCUGUACAGGAAGAAAGAGAAUGAGCAGAGAGAGCAAGUUCAAGAGAUUCUGAGACAACUUAACCAGAUACAGUUGGGAGAUAGCAAAAAGAAGGAGAAGAAGCAAGCUUUAGUUAUGCACAUUCAAUCUCAACCAGAUCAAGCAUCGGUGCGCCAACAGCAAGAACAGAUUCAGUGCCAAACACCCCAGCUGAUGCCGGUAGCUCCUUUAGUUCCAUAUGCACAACCAGUCUUCAGUCAGUUGCAGACAUGGAGUGGAAGCAAAAGAGAAAGAAACUUCAAUCCAAACCUCCAGGCAUUUUCAGAAGCAUGUAAUAAUGGUGGACAACAAGGCCAGUAUACUAGAGACUGUUAUUGGGUAGGAGAAAGCUCUAUCAGAGGAUGA